AUGGCGACUACAAAACCUACAAAGCUACCCCAGGAGCGGCGGAAAGGCGAGGCUGCGUUGAGCGACUUCGCUGAUUACGUCGAGAAGCAGCAAGCAAUCAGAUUUCCCAGUGCCAAACCAGCGCCGGGGGCGGUAGCUGCUGCUGCUGCUUCAGCCGAGGACGACCACGACGCCGAGCUCGACGACAUCCUCGACGCCCUCGACCUCUCCGACCAAGCCCCUCUGGCCCCUCUCCACGAACUUCUCCUCGGAACUGAUGACGAAUCAUUACAAAAGCUUGUCGACCUGUUGACAUUACGGAUAGAGGAGGGACAUGGAGAGGCACUCUUCGACAUCGGCUUCGAGCACAAUGGCGAGUCCAUGCGCCUUGACAAGGAGGGCUGGGACAAAGCGUGGAAGAGGCUACAGGAAGCCGCCAAGAAUAUCAAGGCAGACUGUCAAUUACUAUUAACCAAGAAUGUCGGCGGUGAAGUUGAGAGCCAGGCAGCCGCCACCGACAAGGGCAAGGACUGCAAUUCCAAGGUGCUCAUUCGUCAAAGCCCUGCGACUGUCGAGAAUGUCAUCGAGACGAGGAUAGCAGUCGUGGGCAAUGUCGACGCCGGAAAGAGUUCCAUGCUGGGCGUCUUAGUCAAAGGGGACCUUGACGAUGGACGAGGAAAGGCACGAGUCAACUUGUUCCGACACAAGCACGAGAUCGAGACCGGCCGGACCAGUUCUGUAGGAAUGGAGAUCAUGGGCUUCGAUACCCACGGCAAUGUCAUUACCAGCGACACGCCCGGUCGGAAGCUGUCGUGGGAGGAGAUCGGGAAGCGCAGCGCCAAAGUCAUUACUUUCACUGAUCUUGCCGGUCAUGAGCGGUACCUCCGGACCACGGUCUUUGGCUUGCUGUCCAGCAGUCCCAACUACUGCUUGCUGAUGGUCGCUGCCAACAAUGGUCUGAUUGGCAUGAGCAAAGAGCACCUCGGUAUUGCGUUGGCUUUGAACGUCCCCGUCAUGGUCGUCGUUACCAAGAUUGACAUUUGCCCGCCUCACAUCCUCGAGCAGACAUUGACCCAGAUCACCAAGAUACUCAAGUCUCCAGGUGCAAGGAAGAUUCCCAUCUUCAUCAAUAACCGCGACGAAUGCAUCAACACUGCAACCCAAUUUGUUUCUCAGCGUAUAACCCCAAUUUUCCAGGUUUCCAAUGUCACUGGCCAGAAUCUGGACUUAGUACGAACGUUCUUGAAUAUCCUGCCGCAUCACGGAAGAUAUGACGCUGAUGCGCCAUUUGAAUUCCAUGUCAAUGACACAUUCUCCGUUCCUUUCGUCGGAACCGUUGUGUCGGGCAUCAUCAAAUCUGGGGUUGUCCAUGCAGGUGACAAUGUUCUCAUCGGGCCCGACAGCCUGGGCCAGUUUACGUCGAGCUCCAUCCGCUCCAUCGAACGGAAAAGAAUCGGCGUACCAGCGGCGAGCGCCGGUCAAAGCGCUUCCUUCGCGCUCAAGAAAGUCAAGCGGAAAGACGUUCGGAAAGGCAUGGUCGUGCUGCCGAAGCCAGCAGACGGGGCCCCAUCGCCAAGGGUCUACAACGAGUUUGUCGCCGAGGUGCUGAUCCUCAGCCACGCAACGACCAUCAAGAAGAAGUACCAGGCGAUGCUGCACGUCGGUCCCGUCAGCCAGACAUGCUCCAUCAUCGACGUUGACCGGCCUUUCAUCCGCACUGGUGACCGUGCGACAGUGGCAUUCAAGUUUGUCCAGCGACCUGAGUAUCUCGCUCCCGGUGAUCGCUUGCUGUUCCGUGAGGGCAGGACGAAAGGGCUGGGAAUCGUCAAAGCUGUGGGGUACGACCGCAGCUAUUUUCCCAAGAGCGAGGACAGCGGCAGUGGGAAUGGCAAGGCUGCGCAGGCGGCUGCACCGUCGGCCGCGGCUCCUGCAACUUCGGAACGUGGUCAAGAUGUUAAGGUCGCGGGCUAG